CUCCCCAAGCUCUUCUUCCUAUAUGAAUUGAACCCUGUUGCUCCCAAGGCACAGUCAAAGGUUCCUGUUCCUGAGGGUUUGGAUUUGGAUGCGUGGAUCAAUGAACCUUUGCCUGAUUUAGUGCAAGAUGCUGAGUCAGAUGGCUCGUUUGAGGAAGCACCCAAGUAUGAAAAGGUUGGUAAAAGCUCAAGAAAGAAGAAAUCCAAGUCAAAGGGUUACGAAAGUAGUGAGGAUGAGGCUGAAAAAGAGAGAGUAAGUUAUGAAAAAAAAAGAACUAUGGAUUCAAUUUGACAGUGUCAUGUGUAGCGUCGUGCUGCUAGAAGAGAAGCACGUAAAAACGACCCUUAUUAUAUCAUGGCAGAUGAUAAGAAGGGCCUUAUUGAUGUUGAUUCAAUUCCAGUCGUAGAAUUAAAUGUGGAAGAAAUCAAUUCGCGAGCUAGCAGUUUAAAAAAGACAAAGAAAACUAAGCGAUCUAAGAGGCCCAAGUCACCUCCCAAGCUUCCUGUCUAUGCAGAAGAAGAGAUGCCUGAAGAUGCGGCUGUAUCUGAAGAUGAGAAAGAAGACAAUAGCAAUCGCAAAAACAAGGCAAAAGCAGCAUUGUAUACCAAAAAGUCAACAAGAGAUAUAUUUGACAACGCAGAAGAAGCUGGACUUAAUAAUGUUGACUUGUCUACUCCAUUGGGCGAAGAUGAAAAAUUCCAGCAGGUGAAAGCAUACCUUAGCCCUGAAGAACUUCGCCUUCAGGAAGAAGCAAAGUAUAGAAGUGAACGCCGACAAUUAAGAGCUCUUCAGAAAAAGAAUGAAAAGACAUUAGAAGCUAAAAAAUCUAAAAAAUCAUCAAAAGCCUCCAAGGAAGAAGGCAGCACUGAAAAAAAGAAAAAGAAAAAGAGCACAAAGAAAGCAAAGGUAGCAUUUGAAUUACACAGAUUGAUUGCAUGAUUUAAACUAUGGUCUGAUAGAGUGACAAGACAAGCGAUACAGAAACAGCUCGACAAAAUGAUUUAGUGACGAUAGAUAAUGAUGUAAGGGAAGCUCUAGUAGACAGACAA